CUGAUUUGAAAUGUGUAACAGGUGAUCAGCCAUUGAGGACUUCCUCAGAGAUCAUAGAUGCUGUUGAAUUCCCCUUUAACAUUUCCUAUUGCAGUGGUUUAGUGCACUCAAAGUGAUAUAUAUAUAAACGCAUCUGCUGCUGUACGAAACAAAUGUGGAAUAUAUAGUUAUUCUCAGUUUCGUCAUUAGACAGAACGUUUCAGUUCUAGUGGAAGAGCUCAGGAUGCCUAAAGGGAUAUGGGCCUGGAGUUUGGUGCUUGUUCUGCACUGCUGGAGUAGUCUGAGCCAGCAAAUGCACAUCCAAGCAAAAUGCAAUGAAGACAUAAUAUUGCCGUGUAGUGUCAAUAAGCUGAGUGACACCUAUCGCUAUAUAGUUUGGUACAGGAAUGAGACUGCCAUCAUUAAAAGGAAGGUAAAUGAUGUGACAUUUUAUAAUAAGUCCUCUCCUGCAUCUCUGGGAGUUCGAGGUUCACUGGUGUUACAGAAUGUGCAGACCUCUGACUCUGGGUAUUACCAGUGCUUCUUAGCUGCAGACGUUGGCCAAAAAGACAGGGAGUCCCAUGUCUUACUCACGGUUUCAGAGUGUGUGACUGUCAGUCCAACCUGGAGUUCACCUGGAGGUCAGUGCAGUCUUGAUGUAGUGGAAGUUUCUGUUCUAUGGUCUCUGCUUGGUUUUAGUUUAAUCAGCAUUUCUAAAGUCAUCUUCUGCACCAUAACUGUCAUAGUUUGCAAGAAGCAGAAGGGAAGUGAAGCGAGAAACGGAAGCAGGAGACAAAGUAACGGCUCUUACAAACCCAGGGACAAAAGAUACUGCUGAGUUUGUGCAACUUUCUGUUCUGUUUUCACCAUUGCUACUGGUGAGAAACAGGGUCACAUUGUGCUUCUUCUAUUUUCCACCUGUUUUCUUUCCACUUUGGCUUACUGACUAAUAACCAGUGGGCGUGAAGGUUAGUGCAUGCUUACUCUCACGUAUGUGAAACUAGCCAAACAUAUAUUUUCAUUUUACUGCUUAUGCUGCAUCACGGGGCAAAGCUCACAAAGGAAAGCCCCGGUUUGCAUACAUGAGCUUACAGAUGCCUGCAUCACUUUGAUUGACAGGAGAGACAGGAUAUGCAUCCAGCCCACCCUGGGAAGCAAUCUUUUGAUCUCCUGAGUCCACAAAAAUGACUGUGGUACCUAUAUACACUUAUCAGGCAUAACAUUAUGACCACCUGUCUAAUAUUGUGUUGGUCUUCCGUUUGCUGCCAAAACAGCCCUGACCCGUCGAAGCAUGGACUCCACUAGGUCCCUGAAGGUAUGCUGUGGUAUUGUGUUGAUGCUCAUGUGCCCAUUGUUAGCACUUUCGGCGGUGCACAGGGGUCACCAUGGGCACCCUGAGUGGUCUGCGGCUAUGCAGCUCCAUACGCAACAAAUUUUGAUGCACUGUGUAUUCGAACAGCUUUCUAUCAGAACCAGCAUUAACGUUUUCUGCUAUUUGAACAGUAGCUCGUUGGAUCGGACCACACGGGCCAGCCUGUUGCUCCCCAUGUGCAUCAAUGAGCCUUGGCCUCCCAUGACCCUGUCGCUGGUUCACCGCUGAUCCUUCCUUGGACCACUGUUGAUAGAUACUGACCACUGCAGACCGGGAACUUUUGCAGAUGCUCUGAUCCAGUCAUCUAGCCAAACUCGCUCAAAUCCUCACACUUGCCCAUUUUUCCUGCUUCUAACACAUCAGCUACGAGGACAAAAUGUUCACUUGCUGCCUAAUAUAUCCCACCCACUACCAGGUGCCAUGAUGAGGAGAUAAUCAGUGUUAUUCACUUCACCUGUCAUAAAGUUAUGCCUGAUCGGUGUAUUCAAAAUCAAACACUUUUUUUGCCGCUCAGCACACAGACAGAAAGUGUUGUAGCUUAGGGAUGUGGUAACUUAGCGGCUAGCAAAUCUCUAAUGUGACAUAUAUGCUGUUUUGGAUAGAUAUCAGUACAAUCUGUAUGGGAAGGGGUGAAGUCUAAUAGGACUAGGGAUAAGCAGAUUUAAUUUCUAAAAUUGAUAGUCUAUAGAGAGUGUAUUGUUGCUGACAAUAUAUAGCUGUAUGUGGAUUUGAAGUUUCUGUGUGCAAGUGUUCGUGUCUUCUACUUUCACAUAUUUCAGGAGGUGUGAGUUCUUUGUUAUUUUGUGGUUAACAUGUUGUAAAUGUUUCAGGUGUCUGUAUAUGUAUGUGUGCGAGUGUGCGUGUGUGUACAUGUGUGUACGUGUGUGGGUAAAUGACACACAUUUACCCACACGUGCUCUCUGUAAGGCACUUUGUAAAAUUAUUUGAGCUUUUUAUUUCUGUUUUCAAUAUGAUUUCAGACAUCUUUUUACUUAGAACUGUCCAUAUUAUGCAAUGUGAAUUCUAAAGAUAUAUUUAUGUAUGACAUGUCUAGACACUUUUUCCAUGAUGUAGCGCAUUAAGAAAACCGAGACAACAUGUGACCUAUUGAGCCAAUGUUGUUGUAUUCAUUGAUAGAGACUUCAAAGCACGCAUACAUACGUAGCUUGUUGUAGACAUGCUUGGUUUAGUCUUUUCCAUAAAGCCAUAAAAUUUACAGCAUUUGUGAUGUUUUUCCUGCUCACCAUGUGUCAUAUUUACAAUAUGAAUAAAAUUUUUUAUUUUAUUUUUAUUAUUUUAAUAAAAAAUUUUAUUUUAUUUUUUAUUAUUUUUUAAAAAUUAUUUUAAAACUCAUUAAUGAAUUUUUUUUAAUGAUUUUUUUUUAAAGUUAAUUUCCUCAAGGCAAUA